CCACAAGAUUGGAUAUAAAAGAACAUGGCUUUUCUGGGGUACAUAAUAGAUUCAAACCAGCACAGCCCCAAAGCCCUCUGUGGUCUCCUCCCCUGGUGAGAGUGGAGGUUCUUAACAAGGAUGUAUAAACCCUUUGAAGUUACAUGUAACAUUCUGUAUGUAAAGACAAAGGUGUGUUUUUUUGGGGGAGAAGUUCCCGGCAUUCACCAGAAUGAAAAUAAGAGUCGUGCAUAUUUUCUGCUUGGGGAGCCUCUCCCUCCCCUACCUGCUGGCCAGUUCCCUGCAGGAGCAGAACCACAGCCUCUUGGCUCCUCCCACCCAAAGUUCCAUCCCCGGAGCCUUGGCCCACUUGUGUGUGUCUUGAGUCCCAGUAGGGCUGUGACCCUAGAGCUUGGGUGUCUGGCCAGCAGACCCCAGCCCAGAUGAGGUUCGAUUCCUUGGCAUUGGCCCCUACCCGCCAUCCCCUGGCAGCUUUCUGUCAUGACUGUGCCUUUGGCUGACACUCACCUCAGCUCCUCGUGGGACCUGACCUUUAUGGAAAGCCACCGAUGGGCACACUCUCAGGGACCAGUGUUCUGAGAGUGAUGGGAAGGGCUGCUCUUGGGCAGUGAGCACAGAGGCCUUUCUUCACAAGUCACCCAUGUCUCUAAGGACUCUCAGUCUGAAGUGCCCCUGCCCAGCUACUUGAGUCUGGCCUGUUUCUAGAGUGACCAGCUUAUCCCAGUUUGCCCAGGACUUUCCCAGUUUUAACAUGGAAAGUCUUUGUAUCCCCAGAAACCAUUCAGUUGUGGGCACAUGGGGUGGAUGGCCAUCUUGCCUGUCUCCCUCCCUCCCUCCUCCCUCCUUCCUCCUCCCCUUUUUCCUUUCCAUAACCAUUUAUUGAGGGAUGAGGGUAAAGUCGAGGUGAACGUGAAGGGAAUUCAGAUAACUGCAAGGGUGAAUUCAGGGAGGCUUCCUGGAGAAGGAGGGCUUUGGGCUGGACCUUGGAAGGUGAAUGUGCCAGGUAGAGAGAAAGGGAGAGGCUGAUCCAGCUGCAGCGCAGAGUCUGGCUGAUUAGGAGGUGGCGUGGAUCCCAGCAGGAGACAGCAGUGUGGCUGGGAGAGGAUUUGAGGCCACACCGAAGAGACCUUGAGGCUGGCUUCAUUCUGGGUGCUGGGGGGCCAGACACUGGGCCUCCUGCUUGGGGCCCCUGACAUUUUGAGACAUGGGUUGUCUCUGAAGCAGGGGGCCUGGGAUCCCCUUUCCCCUUAAUUUUCUCAGAUGUGGAUCUCCUGUUUGCUGGAAGCAUUUUGUCCUUCUCCAUUAGCUGGACUCUUUGCACACGAUCCUGGUGGCCAACAGCCAGCUCUUCAGCAGCUCCUAUGACCGGACAGCUCGCUGCUGGAGCUUGGACGAGGAGCAGGCGUUCCAGGAGUUCCGGGGCCACCGCAACUGCGUCCUGACCCUGGCCUACUCUGCCUCCUGGGACCUCCACGGCCCUCCCUGUGAGCUGGAGGAGGACAUGGCCGGGGGGCUCCUGGUGACAGGCAGCACUGAUGGCACAGCCAAGGUGUGGCAGGUGGCCGGUGGCUGCUGCCACCAGACACUGCGGGGCCACACGGGCGCCGUGCUGUGUCUUGUGCUGGACACAGCCGGCCGCAAGGUCUUCACCGGCAGCACGGAUGCCACCAUCCGGGCCUGGGACAUUCUGAGCGGGGAGCAGCUGCAGGUGUUCCGGGAGCACCAGGGCUCCGUCAUCUGUCUGGAGACCCUCCUUUCUCCUUCUCAGCUCGUGAACGGGCACGUGUACUCAGGCAGCGCCGACAGGACCGUCAAGUGCUGGUUGGCAGAUACGGGGGAGCGCGUGCGCACUUUCAAGACCCACGGACACAGCGUCUGUGCCCUCAAGUACCACGCGGGCAUCUUGUUCACGGGCAGUGGGGACGCCUGCGCCCGGGCCUUCGACGCCCAGUCUGGAGGGCUGCAGAGGGUGUUCAGGGGCCACGCCUUCGUCAUCAACUGCAUCCAGGCUGCGAUUCCCGGUCUCCCCUGCCCGCGCGGAGUCAGCGCGGUGGCCCGCGGCGCUGGGACCCGCUGCCUUGCCUUCCCGCGCAGGUGCACGACCAGGUGCUCUACACCGCCUCCCACGACGGCACGCUGCGGCUCUGGGACGUGCGCGGGCUCUGCAAGCACGGGCCGGGCCGCGCGCCCCCGGAGCCGCCGCCGCAGCGCCGGGGCGCCCCCAAACGGAGCUUGUCGCAGCUCUUCAACAACAAGGUGGGCUGCGCCGCGGCGGCGCCCGCGGGCGGGGACUGAGCUGCCCGGUCCCGGAGCGCCGCGCACGCAGCGCUGCCCGCCGCAUAUCUGCACGCCUGAAGAGGUCGCCUGCUGCUCUGGAUGGCGGCAGGAGGCGACGAGGCACUCUGAGACUGGAGACGUUGGUGGGGAUUUUUUUGGUUUUAGUUUUGUAUUUAUGGACUAUUCCAAAGCCUUCUCUUGUUCAGCUGCUGCAGCCACCCACUUAAUGGGAAGGCAUCUUGGAAAGUAACUGAAUCGACUCAACAGAUUGUACUCCCCCGCGGGAAACCGAUGUCCUCCGAGCCCUCUUUGCUUGUCCUCUUACAUUGCUCCUCUCUCGCCUUCCAUCCCAACCAGCUAAAGGCCUUAGGAGAGCAGCCCCUGCUCUCAGGCCUUGUUACCUGUUAGACUCUCCUAACUUUCAGGGUCACCAGCCUGAGAGCUUUUGUGGUUGCGAGAAUGCACACCUUCCCCAGGCUCCCGAAUCCCCUAAUGAAGCCAACACUUUCCUGCUGAGAGGAGAUAGAGGACAUUUUCUACAAAAGCCACUGAGCCACAGAUCGUUGUUUUUCACUUUGGCAAAAUGUCAUGGACAUUUGUAGAGAACUAAAAUAGAUGUCUUUAAAAGUG